GUUAACAAGAGACACUCUUCAUUUUUUAAUAAUUGACCUUUACAAAAAUCAUGGCCUCGCCGAAUGAUCAAGUGUUUGGCAACAUCAGCGAUCAUUGCAUCAGUAACAUAAUGAAAUAUCUGAAACCGAAAGACCUUCUGGAGUGUGGUCGAGCAUGUAAACGACUUUAUAAAUUGUCUCGGCGUCAAUUUAUUAAGAAACAUUCAAUGAGAGAGGUGCAGAUUAGGUUACUUGACAAUGGAAGACUUAGUGUUACACCGAGCGCAAAAAAUUUUCAUUAUUAUGGUAAUAUAUUCAGAAAUGUGUCGAUUCGAUCGUGGAACUUUCAGACAAACAGAGCUUUGAAGCUUGCCAACCUCACAAAUUUUAUGUUGAUGAAAUGUGCUCAAAAAAUGGACAAAAUUUACAUUGUUGGUGAUAUUGAAUUGGUGCCGUUCGGUCAGAUUAUACAAGACCGCCUUGUACACGUGCAAACAGUGGAAUUUCGAAACCGACAUGGAACUUUCGAUGAGGCACAAUUUCUCCAUCAAUAUUGCCCGAAUUUGAACAAAUUGAUAUUAGGUACAGGAAUCGAUAACACAAAUGUCGAUGCAAUCCUCCAGCAAAUCUAUAAGCAGCUAACACAUUUCUAUUGCUUGUACGGCAGUGUGAAGAAUCUCAGUUCAGAAAGGUUGGAACAGUUUUUCGAGAACAAUAACAAAAUCAAAAAAAUUGUAUGGAAAUUCGGUAUGUGCAGCGACCUAGACAGACUUGACUCUGUUGACUUCAUCGGAACGCUUCACCAUCUCCCACAUUUGCAACAUUUUCUGUUUAGCUUUGCCGAUCAACUAGCGAAAUAUUCAGACGUAGAGUUUGAAGUUAUGUGCCAUCAGUUGAUUGAGUUAUGUAACCGAGAUAAUUUUCAAUGUCUGGAAUUACAAUUAUAUUGUCCUCGACAAUCAGCCAUCGAUGCACCAAUUAUACUUUUUCGUAUGACACAUUUCGUCGAAAUGGAUAAACUGACCAAAAUUCAUUUAAACCGUUUCCCACUGGUUGCUUUGAUACCGACAUUACGUUUGCUGGUUAAUUUAAGAUCUUUGGUUUUGUACGAUUGUCGAAUGAACGCGUUUUACGAAGAAGACAACGACUCAACGGACGAUGGAUCUAGUGCAAGUGGUGAUAUGGACGAUCCACAAAUGUCACUGCCUCAAGUCCAGGAAAUUUUCUAUAAAAACGGGCGCUACGACAAUCUAACUGCAGUUCUAAUGCUGCCCAUCAGACACUGGAGAAACUUGAAACGAAUAUUUGUGCCUGCUAACUACGGCAUCAGCUUGGAUGUUGCUGAAUUGAAUCAAGCCAGAGAAAGUUUGAACAACGCAUGCGAAGUGAACAUUUUCACGAACCAUAAAAGUUUACCGACAAACCUUCAGUAUGAAUUGGUAAAAUUGAGAUGUGUGGAUUCAAUCAAUACGGUUAAGCUUCGUCGACAGUACAAUUAAUUGGACAAUAAAUUAUUUGAGAAUC